AUGGAGGCCUCCGAAGAAUCGAAUUUCCAAAUCUUCCGAGAUUGCCUCUCAACUCCCCUGAUCGAGAAAUCUGCUGAGCAGCCAGUGAAGAGUGCUCGAAAAGCUCGAGGAAGAAAGACAGCUAUCAAACCUAUAAAACAUGAGAUUGAAGAACCCAACGAUACUGAGGAGCUUGCAGAAUUCAUCGACUAUCUCGCCCACGAAAUCUUCACCAACCUCCCCACCUCUCUCUGCACACUCUCAUACUCCACCUGGCUCAACACACACUCUCUACAAUCACUGUAUAGUGAGACUCUCCCUCCGGCACGAAUGGCCAGCAUCCUCGACCCUCUCCCACCAACAAUCACCGACUCUCUCCUAACAUACUCCUUCCUCGCACCUCAUCAAACAACCAACGAAUUCCUCACCCCAAUUCUAACAACCUACCUCAGCACCGUACUCACGCCCCCACCGCCUCCCUCUCAACAACGCCCCUUCGUCACCGAAUGUGAGAUCUGCCAACGCAGCUGGAUACCUCUUACCUUCCACCAUCUAAUACCCAAGGGCGUGCAUGAGAAGGCCUUGAAAAGGGGAUGGCAUACUGAGGAUCAGUUGAAUAAUGUGGCGUGGUUGUGUAGGGCCUGUCAUAGUUUUGUGCAUAGAGUGACGAGUCUGGAAGAUUUGGCAAAGCAGUGGUAUACUGUUGAGAGGUUGAUGGAGAGGGAGGAUGUUAGGAGGUUUGGGGAGUGGGUCGGGAGGGUUAGGUGGAAGGCUACGUAG